CUGACUCCAACCGUUUCUCUCUUCUUCGUAGUUGGAGGCGAGAGAGAGAGAAAGAGAGAGAUGGCAACCGAAGCAGUCGUUGAAGGGGUUGCGGCGGAGACAGAGCCGAUGCCGGUUCCGGUUGAGGUUCCGGCACCGGAGACAGGGUUGAAGCACAAGCUGGAGAGGAAAUGGACCUUCUGGUUCGAUAACCAAUCGAAACCGAAGCAAGGUGCUGCUUGGGGAACCUCUCUUCGUAAGGUUUACACCUUCGAAACCGUUGAGGAGUUCUGGUGUUUGUAUGAUCAGAUAUUCAAGCCAAGCAAGUUGCCUAAUAAUGGAGAUUUCCACUUGUUCAAGGCUGGGGUUGAGCCAAAAUGGGAAGAUCCUGAGUGUGCCAAUGGAGGAAAGUGGACUGUCAGUGUCACCAGUAAUAGAAAGGCUAACCUUGAUAACAUGUGGCUUGAAACUCUGAUGGCUUUAAUUGGUGAGCAAUUUGAGGACGCCGAAGACAUAUGUGGUGUCGUUGCAAGCGUGCGCCAGUGGCAGGACAAGCUUUCAUUAUGGACUAAGACAGCAGCAAAUGAGGCUGCCCAGAUGAGCAUAGGAAGGAAGUGGAAGGAAAUCAUGGAUUCUAAUGACAAAAUAACAUAUAACUUUCAUGAUGAUUCUAGAACUCGAGGACCAUCGAAGGGUAGAUACACUGUAUAAACACUGCUGGAGUAUUUUCUUGCGCUUGUGCUGGCAAGGCUACAGUAUUGAUCUUUUUACCAUAUAUGAUAUGUGUACUAGAACGCACUACUUUUUUUGGUCGAGGCUUUAAUUUUCUCAUAUUCCCCUACCCAACUUUAUGGUUUAAUACUAUUAUACUCUGUUUUGAUUUUUGAAAUGGCCUGUUAAAUUUUUCGUCAGAGUUCAUUCUCAGUUUUUCUUAUCCAUUGUCACAUUUUAAAAGCUUGAAAUUUUGA